CUGACAUAAAUCAGUUAACCUAAAAAUUUGUGGCGGUAAUUAAACUAUUUAAACGUUUUUAAUUCUUUAUAAAUAAAAAUGAAACAAGAUAUAAUUCAAACUGAUUAUUUUCAGUCGCACAGAAAAAAUACCUCCGAUCCGAUUUUAAUUAAAGACUUUUCAGAAUAUGGUCAAAUUUAUCAAAUAUUAUGUUCUCCGUACGAAUGGACCAAAGAUAUUAUGAUUCUUGCUUUUGAAAAUAAAUUAGUGCUAAUUUCGUUAUCUUUUAAGGAAAAUGUAAUUGUGAAAAAACUAUACGAAUGUGCCCACCCAAGCAGAUGUACAGCACUGAGUCUUUCGCCGAAUACAUCAUUCGUAGUUUUACCAAACCAGAUAGUUUUUGCAACAGGAGCAGCGGAUUACAAAAUAAGAGUUUACGAAAGUGAUAUGCAGGAAAAUAACACUUGUAGAGUACUAAGUGGUCAUACUAGCUAUAUAAAUAAUGUUGCGUUUGACUCUGAAAACACAUAUUUGGCUUCGGCUAGCGAUGACAAUUCUGUGAAGAUCUGGAAUAAUAACGAGUUUAGUUUAAAAACUACAUUCUUGCUAUCUUCUCCAGCAAUGGUAGUGUCUUGGCAUAGAUCUGACUUAGGAAAAUUACUUAUAGCAGAAAAAAUAGGAGUAAUUAAAUUUUAUAAUGUUGAAACAGAAACACCAAUAUUAUCUUUAGAUUUUGCAAAAUCUUUAUCUUCAGCUCAUUGGGCACCUUCAGAUAGCCAACUUCUAGCAUCAUUGCAACUGGGAGAGCUAUUAUUAUGGGAUUUAACUAAACCAUGUUUGCCUCAACAGAGUACUAUUCUUUUUUCUGAAAACGGUGGCCACAUAAAAUUCUCUCCACAAGGCGAGUUACUAGCCGCUGUCAAUAGCCUGGAUGGUACCAUAAAAGUUAUACACACUUUGACCCAAACGGUUAGGCUUACUGCAAACGUCUCUCUACCUUCGAAUCUAGAAUGGCAUUAUCAUUAUCCUAUUGUAUGUAUCGGAGAUGACUCGAAAUUGUGUUUUUGGAGAGUUCAUAAAUAAAUUUGUACAUGUUUUUGUAUUUCUUAUAAUAACGUCUAUUUUUUGUAAUUAGGAUACACCCUGGCAUAUAUCUAAUAUAUUUUCAUAGUUAUUUAAAUAAAAAUA